GUGGAAGGGCAGUACCUGGCUCGGCCAAGCAUCAGUCAGUCGCUCGUUUUGCUUUUUGCAGGUCGUGUCCCAGCGCGGCAGAGGCGAAGGGUUAUUGUAUAGAAAGGGCAAGAUGCAGCGGGUGUGGUUGGCACUGGGAGCCGUCCUGGUGGGCACUGUGGCGGGGCAGGAGCAGCCUAAGGUCGAGACACCGUGGGGCACCUUCCUGGGCAGCGUCCACAUUUCGGCGAGACAAGGGCGCCAGAUCUACGCCUUCACGGGGAUUCCAUUCGCUAAACCGCCCGUGGGAGACCUCAGAUUCAAGAAACCAGUUCCCUAUGGAGUGCAUUCGACGCCCUUCAACGCCACAGGGGAUUCUCCAGAGUGUAUCCAAUGGGACAACCUCAGAGGGCGCGGUCCAGUGGGACAGGAAGAUUGCUUGUACCUCAACGUCUACACCAAUACGAUCCCGCAGCCCCCAGGGUACUUCAACACCCAGCCCACCAUCGUCUUCCUCCAUGGUGGCACGUGGAUGGCAGGCAGCGGUGGCGACGGCCUCUUCCAGCCCGACUACCUGAUUGAGAGUGAUGUCACGGUGGUCACCAUUAACCACCGCCUUGGGCCCUUUGGCUUCCUAUCGACGGAGGACGCGGAAGGACCCGGCAACUACGGGAUGCGAGACCAGAUCCGCGCCCUCGAGUGGGUCCGGGACAACGUGCGCUACUUCGGGGGCAUGAACGAUUCCGUCACCAUCAUGGGUUCGGGCGCAGGGGGCAUGAGCGCGCACUUGCUGGUCAUGUCGCCGCUGUCUCGAGGGGCAACGAUCCACCCGGACGACUUUUCCCUUCUGCACCGCGCCAUCUCCCACAGCGGGACCGCCUACAGCCCGCACGCCAUCUCGAGGGACGCCCGGGCUCAGGCGCUCAAGCUGGGCCUCAGGCUGGGCUGCCCGACGACGGCGGCGCAGAGCUGUCUGACCCAGGCGGAGAAGAUCGUCGACCAGAUCCCUAUGCUGCACGAGUGGGACGAGGAGCCCAUGCCCUUCGGCCCCGUCAUCGACACGUGGAUGGGCAGCGACGCCUUCCUGCCCGACGAGCCCUUCCACCUCAUCAAGCACCGGGACUUCCUGCAGGUGCCGUGGCUCGUGGGCACCAACAAGGAGGACGGCGCCUUCAGGGUUCAAGAUAUCCUGAAGGACCCCAGUUUAACUUACCAGCUGAACACCGAGUGGGAUAAAUAUGGGCCCAUCCUGCUCGACCUGAAGCCAUCCUCGUGCAAGGACCCCGUCGACAUGGCCAAACAGAUCCGCAAAUACUACCUUGGUAAUAAGAAGUUCGGGGAAGAAACAUCAAAGGAAUUCGUUGAGAUGAUGACAGACCGAUUCUUCUUGUACCCAACGGACCGAGCUUCAAAGGAUUAUUCCUACUAUGUCAAGAGGUUUAUUGUUUAUCGCUACGAACUCGUCUUCAGCGGUCGCAAGUCCUUCCUAGACAUCCUGCACAAGGAGAACCCACAAGAUGCUGCUAGUUCUUUCCUUGGCGCCUCCAACCCGAGAUUCCAAAACACUCGCGGCGCGCACGGCUGGGGAGUCAGUUUCCUGGACGAGCUCCUGUACUUGUUCCCUUCCAGCAAACUCAACUUCGUUUACCAGCAGCAGUUUGAUGGAGAUUCCGCCUCGAAGGUGUCCACUCAUAUGCUUAUGAUGUGGACCAACUUCGUCAAGGGAAGCGACCCAACACCCAUCCUCGAGGGCUGGCCCGAUGACGUUUCCCCCUGGGGCGCGUGGUGGGAGCCCUUCGUCAAGGGUUACCUGUAUUACCUGAGGAUCGACCCGGAGAUGGACAGCCAGGAGGUCCCCCUCAAGGAAGAACACAUGGCGUUCUGGGACAGUCUUCCGCUCUUCGAAAACAGGGACCAUAACGUCAUUAGGGAUGAGUUGUGAGGAGUGGCGUGAGGUCCGUCGGGUUGGGAGAGUUUUUAUUUUCUUUCUUUUUGGGCACGUUAAAAUUCCAGUUCCCAAGGCAUGGAAUGUUAUUAAACAGAAAAAAAAGAAUGCAUUACAAUCGAAAUUCCUAUGGAGAUUUUUUCAUUGUUCUUAAGUAGGAGGAUAUAAUUACAUUUUAUUUAUUUAUUUAUUUUUCUUUUGCUACCUGAUGACUUUAUGUACUAAGGAGUUUUUUGUGAAGGUAAACGGAGUUGAAGUGUACUUCGGUUUGGGAGAAAAUGGAUUUGUGGAUUUGUUAUAUUUCGUUAAUGUAUGUGUGUGUGUGUGUGUGAAUGGCUGAGGGUUUGUGUGUGCGUGCGCAUCUAAUAUUUCUUGUUAAUGCCACAUCUUCUCGUCAAAUCGAUGCAUACUUAAAGUUUUUUGGUAAUGCUUGCAGUAAAAUAAAAUGUA